AUGAAGAAGUAUCACCUACAAUUGCUGUUGGUAUUGAAAUUGGCCUUGGGAGCCAUGGCAUGGGAUAUGGUACUAUCAAAUCAGACUGAUCUUUAUCAAUACUUCAACCUAGUAAGAUGUUUAGCUGCUAAUGAAGCCACGUCUAAUACUACAAUUGGAUUGGACCGUGGUAAUAUCCUUUGCUUAGAUAUCACAGCUCAAGAUCCUGACCAAGCAAGAUAUGUGUUUGAUUACUGCUGGAAUAAAUAUGCUAAUAAAACCAUGACGCUUCACAGCAUAAAUAAUCCAGAUGAAGACAUCAUUCAACCUGUUCACAUAACAGAAACUCUAAAUGGUCAUGAAAUGUUUAAAAAUUGCAGUAGACCACGGUUUAUUGGUACAGCUAGAGAUAUUGAAUACCAAACUAACCACUUUCAGUUAUCUUCAAAAACAGUAUUUAGUGGGUAUAUUGGAUUAUAA